AUGACCCUCUGCUGCUGCCUGCCUUGCUGUCAGCCUAGCUGCUGCAGGACCACCGGCUGCAAGACCACCUCUUGCUGUGAAUCCAGCAGCUGCCCUGAGUCUGUCUGCUGCCAGCCUUGCUGUCCCCCAAGUUGCUGCAGCAUACCCUGCUGCCAAUCCAGCUGCUGCUCUGAAAGGACAUGCUGCAAGACCACCUGUUGCAAGCCAACCUGUGUGAGCAUCUGCUGCAGCACACCCUGCUGCCCGCCCUGCUGCUGUGAUUGCUGCAAGAAUACCUGUUGCAAAACUAAUUGUGUGACCAUUGGUUGCAGCCAGCCCUGCUGCCAGCCCUGCUGCUAUGUGCCCACAUGCUGCUGUGUGCCCACAUGCUGCCAGCCCUGCUGCUGUGUGCCCACCUGCUGUCAGCCCUGCUUCUUACAGCUCUGCUGCCAACCAACUUGCUGUGAAACCACCUGCCGCAAGACCACCUCUUUUAAACCAACCUGUGUGAGCAUCAGCUGCAGUACACCCUGCUGCCAGCCCUGCUGCUGCUGA